ACAAUAUACAACUGAAAACGAAUAUUUUUUAAGUAAAAGUAAACAAUAGAAACCAACUAGACAUUGAGUUAUUACUUUUAUAGGCGCUUCGGACAAGCAACAUCAUGUAUCAGAAUCAGGUGGUGCUGACGCGCGAGCGUCGUCGCUUUGGCCGCCAGUGCGUGUUCGAGGAUCGCAACGAGCUGAUGGUCAGCGUACAUCCAAGUAGUCGCCUACGACUCAAGUACAUAAUGGGCAAUCCGCAGACACGUUCCGUUCAGCUGAGCGCCGUGAUGGCGUUCAGUGAAAUGGAAACGGAGAAUGCAACAUACGAUGAGCACGGCAUGUAUCACUAUGAGGGCGGCUGGCCCAAGGAGGUGAACAUGAACGAUGAGGAGCAAACGUUGCGCCAUCGAAAGAAAGUCGAACGCGACGAUGCCUGGGGCGAUGAGGUCAAGGAACUGAUACGCACCACAAUGAACACGGCGCGCCAAAACAAUGCCAUCAAUAUCUACAAUCAUUUCUUUGAUGAUCUGCCCAGCGAUAUGGGUCGCACCAUAUGCAUGCCCUUCAAGUCGCGCACCAUCAACAUCAUUCACGACAUGUGGCAGCCGCAGCGCCAUAUGUCCGUCAUCAACUGGAUGCCCAACAACAACAAACAGAUCAUGACCCAGUACAGUAAUCUGUACCUGCUGCACAACGAGAAGCGUCGCAUGAUGACCAGCGAUGACACGAAUGGCAGCACCAAUGCCUUUUACGUUUGGGAUGUUAAGAAUCCGAUAAAGCCCUUGUAUUUCUAUGACAGCAUUGAGAUUGUUUCGUGCGCCAAAAUCUGUCCCAAGGAGGAGAACAAUAUGGCCGCCGGCACAUAUACGGGCAAGGUGUGCACCUGGGAGACAUUCGAGAGCGGCAUGCCGACCAGCAUGUGCCCCAUGGAGGCGGCACAUCGCGAGAUGACCUCAUCGCUAACCUGGGUGUACUCCAAAUCGAAUACGGAAUUCUAUACCUCAUCGCUGGAUGGCUCCAUUAAGUUUUGGGAUACGCGUGAUCUCAAAAUGCCGGCCAAUGAGAUAUUUCUCGAACCGUAUCCGCGCAUACGUCAAAAUCGCCAAGAUGCCCACGGCUGUACGGUGCUAGAGUUUGAGUAUACGAUACCGGUGCGUUUCAUAGCCGGCAGCGAUAUGGGCCGGGUAUUUGUGGGCAAUCGCAAGGGCCUGAAUCCUGUCGAGAUGCUAAUCGGCAAUUAUAGCAUCUGUGCCGGACCAAUACGCACCAUUCAUCGCAAUCCGUUCUUUGUGAAGAACUUUGUGAUUGUCGGCGAUUGGCGGGCGCGCAUCUGGUGCGAGGAGGUCAAGAAUCGGCCCAGCACAAUGUAUGUAAAGAAGCGUUCGCAAUUGAUGUGCGGCGCCUGGAGCACUGGACGCGCCUCCAUGUUUGUUACGGGCGACAUUGAUGGGGUCGUUGACUUUUGGGAUUUCCUAUUGAAUCAACGCAAGCCCAUCUAUAGCAUCAAUUUCCAUUCGACCGUGACCGCCGUGCUCUUUCAGCCGGGCGGACAGCAUUUGGCCAUUUCGCUGGCGAAUGGCGAUACGCACAUCAUGAAUCUGGACGAGGCCAUGAAGAAGACCACCAGCAAGGAGAAGGCCCUGAUGGCAGCCAUGUUUGAGCGCGAGAUAACGCGCAGCAAGCUGCUGGAGGCGCGUGUGGAUGAGAUCAAGCUGCGUCGGCGCACCCAGAUCCUGGAGGAGGAGGAGCGCAAAUCAAAGAUGGAAGUUGAGGAAGUUGAAGUUGUGCCCGAUUUGGAACUGGAUCCCGACAAUCCCGAUCAGUUCAUCAAAAUGAUCGAAUCCGAUGAACAGUUCCGCCUGGCCCUGUCCAACUUUCACGAGACCCUCGAGGCUGUCGAUCGCAAACGUGCCGCCGAAAAGAAGGUCAUGGAGCGCACCGACUUUGAGCAAUUCUAUCUGGACAACCUGGCCGAACAGGCCAAGCUCGAGGAGGCGCGCAAAAAGCGCGCCGGCUCCAUCACCUCCAAGGAGGCCCGGGAGCUGCGCGCGGCCAAGGCUAAGGCCAAGGCCGCCAAGGCAGCCAAGGCAGCCAAGGGCAAGAAGUAGACCCAGCAUCUUCUCGAAUCACAAAAGUAAAUCCAUUUCAAAUAUAU